CCAGGCUCGAGCCCGUUUUACCGCAGUAUCGUCGCGCCGCAGUAGAACAGAACAGUCAGUCUCGCAUCGUCUGUGACUGUAGAUUAGUCUUCUAUCGAUAGACUAUAGCACCUGUCGUCAUCACCGGUGGAUUGAAAACCCUAGCAUUUAUUCUGAAACACCUCGCGCAUUUUACCGGACUAGACAGACAGAUAACGGUCAUUAUCGGGACAUCUCAUUUUACCGCGCCAGACAGCCAGAAUCCUCAUUUUUAGUUGAUACCGAGUACAAACUGCCGCACGAUACGCAACGGGCACCAUGAACAACAAGGAAGAUGAGCGCGUGGACACCGGAGUCAAGGAGCCAUACUUCUGGAACCCUCGGACACACGAGUUCCUGGGCCGGACCGCAAGCAGCUGGGGUCUGAUCCUGCUGUUCUACCUGGUGUUCUAUAUAUUCCUUGGUGGAAUGUUCGUCCUGACCAUGUACGUGAUGCUGCUAACACUGGACGACUAUAAACCUACCUACCAGGACCGCCUUGUUACCCCAGGUAUGAUGAUCCGUCCACGGGGCGAGGCCAUGGAGAUCCUCUAUAACACCAAGGACACAGAGAGCUUUGACAUCUAUGCCCAGACACUGAACAACUUCCUCGAAUCCUACAACAACUCCCUGCAGGUCCAGAACAAUGAUGAGUGCCCCCCUGAUAAUUACUUCAUCCAGGAGGACAGUGGAGAGGUGAGGAACAACCCUAAGCGUUCGUGUCAGUUUAAUCGUUCCACUCUAGAGGAGUGUUCUGGGAUCACAGACCGGACCUACGGUUACCAGAAGGGACAACCCUGUGUUCUCAUCAAACUGAACCGGGUGAUCGGGAUGCUUCCAGGGAAGGACGGCCAAUCUCCCUAUGUCACCUGUGGAGCCAAGAAAGAGGACAGUGAUGCGAUCGGAGAGUUGGCCUACUACCCUCCCAACGGAACCUUUAACCUCAUGUACUUCCCCUACUAUGGCAAGAAGGCCCAGCUGAACUACUCCCAGCCCCUGGUAGCAGUGAAGUUCCUCAACAUCUCUCUGAAUACAGAUGUGAAUGUUGAGUGUAAGAUCAACUCCAACACACUGAAGACCGGUGGAGAGAGAGACAAGUUCGCUGGACGCGUCUCUUUCAAACUCAGAAUCACCUCACCUAAGAACUAGACCACUAAACACCACACACACACACACACACACACACACACACACACACACACACACACACACACACACACACACACACACACACACACA